AUGUAUCUUAUAUUUCUUUAUAUUUACAUAACGGACAAUGACGCCACAGACUCGUCCAGUGAUGAGGAGGAAAAUCUUCGAGGAGAGAAGUCCAAACGACAUAAAAGAAUUUGUAAAGAAAUUAUCAUCAGAAAUGGAAAAACCAAAGUCACUUCAAAGAUGGUAUCAUCCAAAGAGAAAAAAGAUACAAAACUUCUCGAAGAAAAUGUAAAGAAGUACAGGGGAAUUAGACGACGAAAAUGGGAAAGAUGGGAUGCAGAGAUGAGAUGUAAGAACGAUAAACGACGUUGGUUAGAAAGUUUUGACACUGCGCUUGAAGCUGCUUUGGCUUAUGACAAGGCAGCCAUUGAAAUAAAAGGUGCUAAUGUUGUGACAAACAUUAUCGAGCCACCACCGAAGAAAAGCAACCCCAUCCACCAAUAA